ACGUCGCCUGUCGCAAUUUCUCAUCGCGAUGCAACAUUGUUUUCUAUACGGCACGCGUGUAACGCAACGCAACAGGGAAAGGCGAGGCUCUGCUCCGACGGUGGUAUAAUCGACAGAGCUGAGAGUAGUACCGGGAUGUCCGCGAGUGGCGCUAGCGUUCCAUCAGUAGUGCCAAGAUGGCGACGCCCAGUGAGCUGUCUCUCGAAGAAAUUCGUAAAUAUCUACUGGAAAACGGUGGCUCGGCGCGCAAUCACGACGUGGUGAAGCACUUUAAGAAGUUCCUGACGGACCCGGAGACGCGAGUCGAGGCGCGGAAUAAGUUUAAAGAGUAUGUAAAUACCCUGGCCACCAUAAAAAACGAGGAGGGUGAGAAGUACCUCGUCCUCAAGAAAAAGUAUCGUCAAGGACCACUCGUGCUAUCAUCCCCAGUUCCAUCUGCCCCGUUUCAACAAGACUCCAGCGUGGCAACCCCUGACCUAGCAACUCCGGUAUCCCCGCUACGAGAACCACCACCGUAUCGUCCACCACCUCCUGCACCCUUGAGUCCUACAAGCCCCUCAUCCCCAGUUCCACGUUAUCCGGACGAGCCUCUUUACCCUGUCGGAGCAAGUGAAAAUGUCGAUAAGGAGGAAACGACUGAAGAAAAUUCCAAGCAGGAUCCUGAAGAGGUUGUCGAAGAGGAUGCCAGCCAGGUCUCAUCUCCCCCAGUGCCACCACGUCGUAAGAGCCAGGAUAAACUACGGCUUGAGAACAAAGAGAACAUCAACAUGGAUAAAAUGAAACCAACCACUGACAACGUGAUGAAGGAGGACGUGGCCAAUACCGGAUCGGCCGAGCAGCUAAGUGUUCGCGAACGGAUGCAACGGUUCAACCGGAUGGCCAGUGAGACAGACAUGAACGCUCGACCUAAUGGCACUACGACUCCUACUAAGAAACGCUCCGAUAAGGGGGCAGACGAAGAUGACAGCGCUUCUGUUGCUUCGCAAUUGGACGGAAAGUCACGCGAAUGGCUUGUCAGAGCCGCCCAAGGAGAUUACCAGGCGCUCGCGAAGCUCGCUGCCGAGGAGCCACGACUGGCCAGACUCAAGGAUCCAUCUUCCGGCUAUACGGCAUUACAUUGGGGCGCGAAACACGGCAACGAGAACAUCGUCAAGCUGAUCGCCGGGACCUACAAGGACUACAUAAAAGGCGUCAACGAGACAACCAAUGGGGGUUACACGCCCUUACACAUCGCCAUGCAGUUCGAGCACGAGAACAUCUUCAAUCUGCUUGUACAGGUUUAUGGUGCCAAUCAGGACGUCCGUGACUAUAGUGGAAAAAAGGCCAGGCAGUAUCUCGUGUCACAGGAAGCUGCCGUCAGCCAAGACACCUUCCGCAAAAUAAAAGCAAGGAAAAAGCAUGCAGAGAAAGAUCUUGGUUUCCUACGAAUUGGCUCGUUGAACGUCCGCGUGAAACGUACGACGGAGGCCUUCAGCCAGUUCCUGGGUGUGGCAACUAGUGCCAACAGCAACGCGGAGAAGAUACACAAGAGCUGGGGAUCUGCAGAUAACAUACAGAUGGAACAUAAGGUCAUGCCACCACCAAAGUACGCACCGAUUAAAAAACGUAGAAGUCGAAGGGCACAGGAUUUCUCAUCUUCGAGGGGUCAACAUACUGUCAGCCAACCUAACACCCCGGUGCCUCAGGGGAAGGUUUUUGCACGUCAAAAUCCAUCUGUCAGUCACGAGGAACCCUCUGGUGCAGUCGCCCCUUCCGAGUCUUUGUCAGUCAACCGACCCAACAACGAUUCGGAUUCGGAUACGGCUUGCGGAUUUGAUUCCGCUUGGCGCGGAUCUGCGCAACUGUAACGGAAUUUCAUGACUCUUGAAUGGGAUUGUUCACGCGAAUGAAAAAAAAAAAAAAGGGAAAAUUGACGUGGAACGAUAUUCGCCAUUUCUGUUACAAUGCCGGCUAUUAAUUUCGAAUAGAUACGCUUCGAUAAUUCCAGGGUGAUAUUGUGUACGUGGUUAAGCGAUUUUAUGAAUUUAAAAAACUAAUCUCGACUUGUCCCUCUAUGGGAAAUUGUAUUCGAUGAAGUGACCGAUCCAGGUUACUGAUAGCUGAAUAUAUUUUCGUACGAUAUCGAUAAUGUUUUAGGAGAAAUACUGAUUUAGCUGACGCUAAUGCUUUUACACUAAUGGUUUUGUAGUCAUUAGGAACUAGGCUUAGAGACAAUUAUGAGAUACAUUUGAAUACUUGGACUAGAUAUACUCGGGUGAUACGUACGCCGGAAGCAUUACGUUUUAAUGCCUUUUCACGUGUGAUUCGCCUACUGUUGGUUUUUUUUUCCUUUUAUUGUUAGAGAUAUUCAAAGUCGUUUGUUAAUAUGCUUUUAACAUUGUAUAUCUGUCUUUGCGCGUAAAUUACGUGUAACGUUUAAGGAGCUUGGAUAGUUUCUUAAUGAUUUGAUUAUUCAUUUUCUUGCACAGUGAGAACACUUCCGUGGUUAGUUGUUAGUUAUUUUGGCUCCUUUUUUUGUUAAAUAUUCAUUGUGGCUGGUAAUGACGUGUACGAGAUAUCGUGUGAAACUUCUUAUACAAUAAUACGCACAUAAUUGCAACGUGAAACUAAAGGACUUGAAUAAUAUUAUUUGUAGAUGUGAGGAUUUCGAGAUUAUGAACUACGUUAUGAAUUGAGUUUCAAGUAUCCUUUGUAUUUUUAGUUACUUCGUAACGAAUCGGUGAGCGGGGAUUAUUACUUUUUUUUAAUAAUUAUUAAAAAUUCAAUUAUUCUAACGUCUAUUGGAAUUGUAAAAAUUAUACGAUUUUUAAGAGUACUCUUUAUGCGCCAUCUAUAGAGAAACGGUUGAAACUACAGGUAAGUCCUGUCGCUAUAUAUUGAUAUACGUUUGAAUUUUGUGUGGAAGUUUUCGAAAUUACUUGGAUACUUCUU